GAAUCUCAGAGCCUCGCUUACCUAGCUAGCUUUCGUUUCGCCUACACAUAUAAGUCAAGCUAAGAGCUCUAAAUUGUUUAUAUCGUCAGUCGCUUCUCGCAUCAACUCAUCGUUACACUCUUAGUAUAAGAGUCGUUUGAUAUAUACGGACGGUCGGAUAGACGGACGCUCGCUACGAAGACAUUCAUUGGAAAUUGGGGUUAAUUUGACAUCCUAAGUCAUCGAAGAAGCUAUCCUGAAGCUGUUAGAUACACCAUAAUGGUUCUAAUACAACGGUUUGGGGCUUUGUCCCUCGCGCUGGCUUCGAUCGCGAGGGCUUCCUAUUCCGAAGCCCAUUGGUACCCUACCUCUACUCACAGCGAAUGUGAUACGGAGACGAUUACCGAAACGAAGACAAAGACUAAGACCGAGGUCGAGACUUGUUACGAAACGACGACGAAGACUGAGACUGAGACUGAGGUUGAAACUUGCUACGAAACGACAACAGUCUACGGCACCACGACCGUCUUCGCUACUGUCAGUUAUCCUUACACGAUAACAAGCGAGGAGACUACCACUGCCUCGGUUACCUUUACAAAGGAAGAGACGACGACAGCCUCAUUUACCUUGACAGAGGAAGAGACGACGACAGCCUCAUUCACCUUGACAGAGCAAGAGACAACUACAGCCUCAUUUACACUGACUAAUGAAGAGACGACAACGCAAACUGCUACUUACACGUCGUUGGUCCCCACAAUCACGACGGAGACCCUCACCUUCACAACCCAGAUCCCGACUACAGUUAUCUCCGACGAGACUCUGACUACAACGCAGUAUACCACGUCUGUUUAUACAAGUGUGUCGACAUACUCGACAAGUAUCUUGUCAACGCUUACCAGCGUUCUAACAACAACCGAUGUGUCUGUCUCUGCUUCACCGACCACAGAUUUUGCCACAAUAACUGCAACUGAGGAGACUACUUCGUUUAUCACUCUCGUGGAGACGACUACCUUCGUGACAGUUUCCGAGGUUAUGCUUACCGAUUCGGUAGUGAGCUCUACAACUUUUACUACAACACAGCUUAUUACUAACGUGGUUCCAAUUACUAUCACUGCUCCUCCGGCCACGAUAACACAAGCUCCAGAGACCGUAACUGUGUCGUCCGUCAUUACUGCUGUAACUACCUGUACCGUCAGCCCUGACCCCGCGAAUAUCACAGUUCCGGCAUAUGAUGUCACGUCCAAUUUAACUUGGGGUUGUCUUCCUGGAACUAUCUGCGCUCCUCCAUUUACGGAAGAAGGAUGCAAUAUCUGGGCAACUCCGCCGAACAAGUCAUACGUCUGCGAGAGUCUGAGUUACUGUAUAGAAGCUCCGGAGUAUUACCCAGUUCGUUGGCCCAUAUUCCAGACAGGAUACUAUAGACCUACGUGGGGCUACUUUAAUCUCGCGCCGCCUGCUUUCGGGUUGAGCUACGAGGUGUUCGCUGUCGAAAAUGUUGUGACGACUACAACAGAAUCGGAUCAAACCUAUGUCACUACUAUCGAAACCGGCAAUUGGGGCUCUCAGUCGAGCAUUACGGCCUUUUCGACGGCUGUAGAGAAAAGAUACGUCCCGUACAAUCCUAUCACCAAGCGUUCGCCUACAAUGCCAGCGUCCUGCUUCGACACUUGCAACAACGCUUACUUAGAGGCUCAAAGAAUUGGUAAGAGCAAUGCCCUUUGCGAAAUAGGCUCUCUAUUCCGGACCUACUUUCAGUCCUGCCAUAAUUGCGCUGUGGAGCAGGUAAAUUGGGAGGAUGCAACUAAAGACUACGUGCUCCCUACGUUUUCGCAAUAUCUCGAUUACUGCAAUGCGACAAAUCCUGUUCCUGUCCUAAACCUAACUGGCUCCGCCGCGAGUGACGUUACAACCACCUCCGGUGGUUCUACAGCCAGUGGGGCUGCGGCGUCCACCAACACGGGCAUCGUUUCGCCUCUACCCACAUCUAGUUCGGUAUCAGCAACGUCUACUUCGGCAUCAACAACCUCUAGCUCGGUGUCAACAACCUCGUCGGUCUCCCAAGUUUCCUCAACUUCUAGUUCGCUUACUUCUUCAUCUACUUCUAGUAGCGGCAGCACCCCUUCACCGAUCAGCAUCUCCUCGCCGAUUAGCAGCAGCGGUUCACCUACGACGACAACGCCUGCUACAGUUCCGGGCAACACGACUGCCCCGGCUCCAGUCUCCACCGCUGGGGCGCCAGCCACCUUGAGAGUUGAUGUCGUAUCAAACUCCAUCCUUGCCUUAAUCUCACUCUUAUUCUUCAUCUGAUACUAUCAGAUACAAUUAAUGUUCGAAUUUAGCAUACCAUUAGAAAAAGCAGUAUAAAUAUUCAGUUCACAUCUAUCCUUCAAGCCAAUUGGAAGUUUCGGGGCUCAACGUUGUAUUAAUGGUGA